AUGGUCGAUCAUUUUAAAGAGCCUUUCGCAACCAGUGACCUCCAUAACUGGAAGGCACAAAACCCUAAGUUCUCUGAGAAGCUGGGGGGACUUAUUGACUUGCUAGAUUCUGUCCUUUUCACCCACCAGCCCACGUGGGACGACUGCCAGCAGCUUUUACAGGUCCUGUUCACAACUGAGGAGAGGGAAAGAAUCCUCAAUGAGGCCCGGAAAGUGGUUCCAGGCGUGGAUGGAAACCCAACCACCAACCAGGCCCAGAUAGAUGUUCUUCCCUUAACUAGGCCUGAAUGGGAUUUCAACACCGCAGAAGGUAAGAGGAGGCUUUUGGUCUACCGCCAGACUCUAAUGGGGGGUCUUCGAAUGGCUGCUAGAAAGCCAACUAAUUUGACCAAGGUAGGGAACGUACAGCAGGAAAGAGAUGAGUCUCCAGCUGCCUUUCUAGAGCGGAUCAUGGAGGCAUAUCGCACCUAUACCCCCAUGGAUCCAGAAGCCCCUGAGAAUAAGGCAGCUGUAAUCAUGAGUUUUAUCAACCAGUCAGCCACGGACAUUAGAAAGAAACUGCAGAGAAUAUAUAGGUUAGGAGAAAAGAGUUUUUGGGACUUGCUGAAAGUGGCUGAGAAGGUGUAUAAUAACCGAGAGCCCCCUGAGGAUAGACAAGCCCGUGCCAUGGUGGCUGCCAGUGACAAGCAGACCCGAAACCUGGCCAAGAUUCUGCUAGCCACCACCACGGAGUCCCCUGAGGAGCGGACCCGCCACCUUCGCCAGCUUGCCAAUGGCCAAGAAAGAGGUAAGGGGACUGCCCGGGGCGGGAAAAAGAAGCUGGAACGGAACCAGUGUGUUUACUGCAAAGAGAUAGGGCACUGGGUCCGAGAAUGCCCAAAGAAGGCCGGUAAAAAGGAAAACAAGACAGACUGGUUGGAGGUCUUGGAGCUGGAAGGACUGAGUGAUUAGGGGAGUCGGGGUUCGGGCCCCCUCCCCGAGCCCAGGGUAACUCUUAUAGUGGAGGGGACCCCUGUUGACUUCCUUGUCGACACUGGAGCACAACAUUCGGUCCUCCGCACACCUCAGGGGAAGCUAGCCAAUAAAAAGUCCUGGGUGCAAGGGGCAACUGGCAUGAGCCAAUAUUCAUGGACUACCCUAAGAACAGUAGAUCUAGGAAUGGGCCGGGUAUCCCAUUCCUUCAUGGUAAUACCAGAAUGCCCCUACCACCUAUUAAGACGGGACUUGCUAACCAAGAUUGGAGCCCAAAUAACUUUCAGACAAGGGGGGCCUCAGGUCACCGAUGGCAAAGGCCACCCUAUCCAGGUUCUGACUCUGAGACUGGAGGAUGAAUAUUGCCUCCACCAGGGGGCGCCCUCAGUAGAGAACAAUAUGGACGGGUGGCUGCAAGAAUUCCCCACAGCCUGGGCAGAGAUGGGGGGAGUAGGACUGGCCGCUCACAGGGCCCCAACCCUGGUAGAGCUAAAACCAGGGAGCCCGAUAAGAGUCAAACAGUACCCUAUGUCCCAGGAGGCUCAGAAGGGAAUCCAGCCUCACAUCCGGAGACUGCGAAGCCUAGGGGUACUGGUUCCGUACCAAUCUGCCUGGAACACCCCCCUCCUGCCAGUAAGAAAGCCCCACACUAAUGACUAUCAACCAGUCCAGGACCUCCGGGAAGUAAAUAAAAGAGUCCUGGAUAUACACCCAACCGUUCCUAACCCAUACACUCUCCUAAGCUCUCUGGCACCCUCUAGAGUCUGGUACACUGUAUUAGACUUGAAGGAUGCCUUUUUCAGCCUGCCGCUAGUGCCUCAAAGCCAACCCCUAUUUGCCUUCGAAUGGCACUACCCAUAGGAAGGCUACAAGGGACAAUUAACCUGGACGCGAUUGCCCCAAGGGUUCAAGAAUUCGCCCACCAUCUUCGACGAGGAGCUGCAUGAAGACCUCGGUGAGUACAGGAGAGAGCACCCCAGUCUCACCCUCCUUCAGUACGUAGAUGACAUCCUGAUUGCUGCCAAUACCGCCAAAGAUUGUGAGCAAGGGACCAAAGAUCUGCUGGCCACCCUAGGAACCUUAGGGUACCGGGCCUCUCCGAAGAAGGCUCAGAUAUGCCAAGAGAUGGUGAGUUACCUGGGAUAAUACUGGUUGUCAGACGCUAGGAAAGAGACAGUCUUGAAAAUCCCUACUCCCACCUCCUGGAGGGAGGUGAGGGAAUUCCUAGGAUCGGCUGGCUAUUGCCGCCUCUGGAUACCAAGUUUUGCUGAGAUCGCCAGGCCCCUAUAUGAAGCCACCAAGGAGGGGAAGGCCUUUGAAUGGACUGAGACAGAAGAAAUUGCCUUUAAUCAGAUAAAGAAAGCUCUUUUGGCUGCUCCAGCCCUGGGCCUACCAGACAUUACGAAACCCUUUCGCCUCUUUGUAGACGAGCGCAAAGGAGUAGCAAAAGGGGUUUUAACCCAGGCUUUAGGCCCCUGGAGUCGCCCGGUAGCAUAUUUGUCUAAAAAGCUGGAUCCCGUAGCCACCGGCUGGCCACCAUGCCUAAGAAUCAUUGCGGCAACCACGCUCUUAGUUAAGGAUGCCGACAAACUGACCCUGGGACAGGAGAUCUGGAUCACGACCCCGCAUGCCAUUGAGGGGGUCCUAAAACAGCCUCCUGAUAGGUGUAUGAGCAAUGCUCGCAUGACCCACUAUCAAAGCUUGCUGAUCAACCCCCCUAGAGUACGGUUCCAUCCCAGUGGGGCCCUCAACCCGCUACCUGACCCCGACCUAGAUGCCCGACUACAUGACUGUGCGGGAAUCCUAGAGCAGGUACAUGGACUUCGGAAGGACUUGACCAAUCGUCCCCUCCCUGAUGCAGAGGCCACCUGGUUCAUGGAUGGAAGCAGCUUCGUGCGGAACGGGUGCAGGUACGCGGGUGCGGCGGUGGUCACCGACACGAACACCGUGUGCGCGGAGGCUCUGCCCCCUGGGACGUCAGCUCAGCGAGCAGAACUCAUUGCACUCACCAAGGCACUGACACUGGGGGCUGGGAAACGGCUUAACGUUUACACAGACAGCCGUUAUGCAUUUGCUACAGCUCAUGUUCACGGGGCGAUCUACCAGGAGAGAGGGCUAUUGACAGCAGAGGGACGGACAAUAAAAAAUAAGCAAGAAAUCCUCGACCUGCUCGCGGCCUUAUGGCUUCCUUCCAAGUUAGCCAUAAUCCACUGCCAGGGGCACCAGAAAGCCAAUGACCCGGUAGCAAGAGGUAACCAAAAGGCUGACCAGACUGCAAAGGCAGUACCCCUUACCUCGGUCCCUACCAUGGCCUUACAACUACCAGACCCAGAGGACCCAGUCUUACCAGACCAGCCCAAGUACUCCCAGGAAGAGUUGCAAGGUAUCAGAAAGCUCCCCAGAGCCCAGGAAAUAAAGGGAUGGUGGCAUACACCAGAAGGGGAACUUAUACUGCCAGACCGGCUCGGGGACACGGUAUUAGUACAUAUGCACCGAUCCACUCACCUGGGAACCCGGAAAAUGAAGAACUUAUUCCGACAUGCCGGGAUCAAGAUUCACCAGCAGAAUACCAAGAUAGAUCAGGUUGUGUCUGCCUGCAAGACCUGUCAACUUACGAACGCAGGGGUCGGAUCAAAUGAAAAAGGGAUCAGGCUCAGAGGCACCAAACCAGGAGCACAAUGGGAGGUUGACUUCACUGAAAUUAAACCAGGGAAGUAUGGUUAUAAAUAUCUUUUAGUAUUUAUAGACACCUUCUCUGGCUGGGUAGAGGCAUACCCAACCAAGCAUGUAACAGCUCAGAUGGUGGCCAAGACUGCUGGAAGACAUCUUACCCAGGUAUGGUUUUCCUGCUAUGAUAGGGUCCGACAACAGACCAGCCUUUAUUUCACAGGUAAUGCAGGUAGUAACCAGGGCUAUUGGGGCAAAUUGGAAAUUACAUUGUGCUUAUAG